AUGGUUGACAAAGCAUCUGAACAAGGCGAGAUGACAGCAAAGUUAGCGAAAAGCAAGACCGUCAUCGCGAACGCGAUAGUGGCCCUUCUGUUCCUCGGCGCCAAAGGCGGGGCAGCGGAGGAGCUGGGCCCAUUCAUCCGCAAUUACGAGUUGCUGUCGUACCCGGGGUCCCAGCUGGACGCCAGCUCAAGCUCCCACCGAGUCAAGCGAUCCACGAAGGAACCGGCCGAUACCAUCCAUGUCCACUUCAAAGCCCAAGGAAGGGAUUUUCACCUCGUAUUGCGCAGAGACUUUUCCGCUUUUGCCGACAACUUUGUCAUGAGGACCUCGUCCGGACCAGUCGACGCCGAUCUUUCGCACAUCUACUCUGGUUACCUUGAAGGCGAUGCGGGCAGCCACGUGUUCGGCUCUGUCGUCGGCGGCGUCUUCGAAGGCCGCAUUACCACGAGUGACGGACGCGUAUUCUACGCUGAGCCGGCCUGGAAGUACGCGGGACAGCUACCAGCGAACUCGGCCGGACACACAGUCUUCUACACGGCCAACGACGUGCGUCUGCCGCCGCAGCUAGCUGCGCACGGUGGAUGCGGGCUCGAGAGGCUGCAAUCGCACCUGGCCGCUCAAGGGAUUGACCUGCGGACUCGCACGGUACAGCAGGGUCGAAGCGCUUCUACGAGGCACUGGUGGAGAAGCGGCAGUCAUCGCCGAGUGCGCAGGUCGCGCGACUACGAAGAGGCUCCUCCCGGGACGUAUGAGCCGAGGAACCGCAGUGGUCGACAUCAGAAUGGGCAGUCGCGCAGCGACCAAAACAGGCGCGUGUGCCACAUGCAGAUUGUGGUGGACCACCUCCUGUAUGAGUUCUUUGCAAAGGACGGGGAUGACAAAACAGCCCGCGAACGAAUCACCACCGUGGUGAGCUCCCAUAUCACCUCCACCAACAUCAUCUACUCCACCACCGACUUUGAAGGCAUCAUCGGCCUGCGUUUCGUGCUUCAGGAUCUGAAAAUCAACGACACCGCAGAGUGUGAGAGUCACUUGGCCGAGAGUAACCCGUUUUGCCGCAGCGACUUGGACGCAGCCCUGAUGUUGCACCUAUUCUCAUAUAUAAACCACGACGAUUUCUGCCUGUCAUACGUCUGGACCAAUCGUGACCUGGGAGAAGGCACUUUGGGUCUCGCCUACAUUGGCCUCCCAAACGAGCCUGGUGGCGCGUGCGAGAAGUUCCGUACGGUGAACACGCGCGAGGGCCGGAAGCGCCUGGCGCUCAACACGGGCGUCAUCACCUUCCUGUUGCACGGCGGAUCCGUGGUCCCGUCUAUCAGCGAGGUCACACUUGCCCACGAGAUCGGACACAGCUACGGAUCACCGCACGACGAAACGCCGGAAUGCAGCCCCGGCAGUCCCAAGGGCAACUACAUCAUGUUCCCGCGGGCCACCACUGGGCUGGAGCCGAACAACAGGGUCUUCUCCCCGUGCAGCCGGCGCAGCAUGGGGCAGCUGGUGCAUUCCAUCCUCGAAAACAAGCACGACAGGGAGAACUGCUUCCUCGCUCACCAGGAGUCCUUCUGCGGUAACAACGUGCGUGAGGGGAAAGAGGAGUGCGACUGUGGCUACGAAGAGCGCGACUGCCGCGACCAGUGCUGCUUCGCGCGCAAGAACUCACUGGGUGCACAAGGCUGCACGCUACGCCCGAACAUGCAGUGCAGCCCGUCUGCUGGCAGUUGCUGCACGGAGGACUGCCACUUCAUCAACACGAACCAUCAAUGCGCAAAGGAGACCGAAUGCACGCAUGAGUCUUUUUGUGAAUAUCCUUUGAUUGGAAGUUGUUGA